CUGAGAGAGUGAGUGGAGGACUGGAAGAAAAAAAAAGUCCGUAAAGAAAGAGAGGCUCCUCACUCCGACGCUAAUUUCUGUCAAACAAGUAGCGAAGCUUCGCGGCGGAGAGAUGUCACACAGCGGCCGGGAAGCGGCGGUGGAGACGGAGUGAACCGGACAGUUAGAACUUGUUGGAGAAAGAAAGAGAGAGAAAGAGAGAGGGAAGGUUUUCCUCGAGUCGGGACGGUAGCUUCGUCUUUCCGCUGCAACUUGAGAGCAGGUUUCCACGCUGCUGCCACUGGUGCUACUGGUGGUGACGGGACGAGAGGCGACAGAGGACCGCACCGCGAGGUCCGUGCCCCGCUGUGGAAAGCGCUCGAGCGGCCCUUGUGCGCGGCUGGAGCUCGGAGGAAGGAGGGACAGAGACGGACCGACAGGGCGCCGUGGUUCUCGGACACAGCCGCCGAGGCAGCGCGGUCAGAAAAGUUUCACCUCAACUAGUUUCCCGUCGUCUGGAACUCGCGGCGGAGGAAGAAGAGGCCGAGAGACUCGACUUGUUCUGCGACUUCGUGCGGAAUCCACCCGGGUUCGAGGAACUUUAGCCACCGUCCUGCUAAGUGAGCUAAAGCGGAGAGAGCAUGAAAACACCCGGAGACUCCGGGAUCGCCUUCCCAGAAUGGGCAUACAAGCCCGAGUCGAGCCCUGGGUCCCGGCAGAUCCAGCUGUGGCACUUCAUCCUGGAGCUGCUCCGGAAGGAGGAGUAUCACGAUGUCAUCGCCUGGCAGGGGGACUACGGCGAGUUUGUCAUCAAGGACCCGGAUGAGGUGGCCCGACUGUGGGGCGCCAGGAAGUGCAAACCCCAAAUGAACUACGAUAAACUGAGCAGGGCUCUGAGAUACUACUACAAUAAGAGAAUUCUUCAUAAGACUAAAGGCAAGAGGUUCACCUACAAGUUCAACUUCAAUAAGCUGGUUUUAGUCAACUACCCCUUCAUCGACAUGGGUUCCACUGGAAGCAAUGUUCCUCAGAGCGCGCCUCCUGUCCCCACCGGUUCAGGGAGCCACUUCCGCUUUCCUCCUUCAACACCUUCUGAUGUCCUCUCCCCAAAUGAGGACCUGCGCAGCCCCGGCGGCAUGUUCAGCUCGGUGGCCCGACGAAUGGCACGAGGCUCAGUCAGCGACUGCAGCGACGGCACCUCAGUCAACUCUGAGAUUGAGGACGGCAACACAGGAGCUGGGGAGGAGAGAGGAGAGAGGGUAGUGAGCGGAGGAGGAGGAGGACCUGGUGUAGGAAUAGGCUACCGUAGUAUGAUCCAUCCUCGUCUGUCUCAUGAGACCCUCUUCCGGAUGUACGGAGGAGGCAACCCGGCCGGCCACCCAGGCUCCCGUGUCCACACCGGGCACCGGAUGCAUCAAGAGCCCCUGUCCCCCUUCCCUGUGUCCCCUCUGCCAGGGCCAGGGGGAAGCGGCCUCCUGGCCCCUCCUCUGUCCCCUGCACUCUCCAUGACCCCCGGAUCUCACCUGCCCUACACUCCUUCACCCACCUUGUCCCCCAUGUUAGGCUCCCACUUCUCCUUCAAUCCAGAAGACAUGAAGCGCUACUUGCAGGCCCACACCCAGUCAGUGUACAACUAUGGCCUCAGCCCCAGAGCUUUCCUCCAGUACCCCAACAUCAUUAUCCCACAUCCCCACCGACCCACCGCCGACAAGUCUGGUCUGAGUGGAGAAAGAGGAGCGGCAGAGAGAGCGGAAAGAGCAGCGACAGCAGGCGGAGGAGAGAGGGGAGGAGAGCGGCACCACCAUCCGUCUCUGGGUCACUCCACCCACCACCACCAACACCCUCACUCUGCUCACCCUCACCCUCACCCCCAUUCCCAUCCCAUGCAUCACCCGCUCCAUCUGGGUGAGGAGCCUCAACACAUGUCUCCCUUCAAGUUCAAGCUGCAGCCACCGCCACUGGGCAGGAAGCAGAAGGACACUCAAAUCCAUAGCAAACACAGGCAGAGCUCGCUGUCCUCAGGAUCCGGGUCCAUGACGUCUUCGGGUCUGGGGUCCUCGCUGUCGUUUGGCAGUGACAUGAGCUCAGCCAGCGGCUCAGGCCUCAUCUCUGCCUCCUCUUCAACGCAGUCUCUAAACAGUGCCGGACUUCCCAAGAUUAAGGUGGAGCCAAUCUCUGAUAUAGAGUCAGAGGAAGAGGUGGAGGUGACCGACAUUAGUGAUGAGGACCCAGAUGAAAGAGAUGAAGAGUUCUUCUCCUCUCGCCACUCAAGAGCCUCUGACCACCGCAACCACCACCACCACCUUGCUAACGGCACAGCCGCACCCCAACAUCAGCACCACCAUGAUGAGGACCUGGACGAGGAUGUCUUCAAAGCCCCCGCUCCGCCUCCACCUGGCCUGAUGCCCUUCUUCACCUCGCAGCACACACACUCCAUCCAUCGUGUGGUGCCCACCCUCAAGACUGAGCCCAUCGAGCCAGUGGAGAGCAGCACGCCUCCACCUCAGAUGAGCCCAUCUCCCCAGACCAAGUGCAUCCCCCUGAAGCUGCGCUUCAAAAGGCGCUGGAGUGAAGACCAGCGCAUGGAGGCCUCACAGGAGGAGUCAGACGAUAAGAAAGUACGACCAGAGGAGGAGAGGGAAAGAGAGAGGCAAAGUAAUGGACGGAUGGCGAUGGAGGAGGACAGGUCAGGGAGUGGAGAAGGGGACAGUCCUCCCCCACUGGUGUACGAGGGCUCUUUAGCCACACCGCUGGCCUCACACAGGAGGGUGAGCGCAGAGCUGCAUCGUGCCACUGCACAGCUGUCGCUGGAGAACAAAGACUGCUGAUGAGAAUCCCAGCGUUAACACUACUGUCCCAGAAGCACAGGAGUAUGUUAAUGGUUCCUCUGUAAUCCCUCUCCUAUACUGACAAACUAGAUUCCUGAACAGAGUUUGACCGACACACACAUUCAAAACCAACUCCUCUGGGACCGAACCUUUGGGAGGAGGGACUCGCUCAUGCUCCAUCCCAGGCACGGUGACUGUAACAGGGCUGAAAUCAGACGGCUGCUGCCUCGUGAUACCUGGCCUCCAGUUCACCUCCCACCUGGCCAAUGAAGCUCCAGAUGCCCUGUCCCAGUAGCACGGCUCCUGCCUUCAGACCCCGACCAGUAGGAUCAACAGCCAGUCAAGACUUCACUCAGGGGACACACACACACACACUCCCUUAUAGCCCAGCAACACAAACUCACAAACUCCUCCCAUAAAACUUUUCCUUCAAGACAACAGGACUCUGACAAGUGCCUGUAUCUAAAACCCACCGCCCUGGAAUGAUGUGGAAGAGAGCAAAGAUGGGAGAGUGUGGCCGAGGAGUCUUUGAGUCUGUCCGAUCACAAGGGCAAAAAGAAAAAGUGUGUGUGUGCACGUGUACGACUGAAGAGCGGGGCUGUUGGUGUUGUCUGACUGACUCUUAAACCUGACCCACUCCACUCAGGGAAGCCUAUUGAUGUAUGUUUAUUUGAUUCAUGCAUAUACUCGGAAAAGUAAAACAAAAAGCAAAAAAAAAAAAGAAGCCAACGGUGAAUGGGACUUGGGGACUAUGAACACUCAACGGUGUUCCCAUCAACGCAAGACCAUAAGAACUCACCGACACACACACACACACACUUUGAAUCUCUGACACACUGCUCUCUCGGAGAUUAUGACUUUUGUACAACCUUCUUUCUGUCUCUCUCCCGUCCUGCCCCUCUUUCUCUUGCGGACCACCUGCGGAAACAUCAUGAGUCCACUCACAGAAAAUGACAGACGAUGGAAAAGGAGGCGAGACGCCGGGGGGGGACCACAAGGGGGAGGAAGGCAGCAGAGGGGAGGAGGGAUUUUGCGGGGGGUCCCAAUAACUUUGAACUAACCUUCUUCACCUCACCUAACAUGGCGUGUACACUGAAAACGGUUUCCCUCAGUCACCAGCUAAAGCUCCUCUAACAAUCAUAGUGUUAAAUGAAACCAGCAACACACACACACACACACACGGCCUGCACUGCCUUUAGCUCUUAAACAUGCUCCCUCUCUCUCUGUCUGGACCUCCAGCACCUCCUUGUAGUGGCGCCAUCCUCAGGUCCACACACACACACACACGCACACGCACACACGCACACACACACACACACACACUGCCUCUCUAUGCCUUGUUUUGAUAGCCUGUACAGAAGUGCAAACUGAGCUGUAAUAACAAACACACAUACUAUAUCUUUAUAUAUAAAAAAUGAGACUAUUGAAGAAAAGUGAGAUUUUAAAAGAACCAUAGCGUUUUAAUGACAUUUUUAAAGUGGAUAAUUUCGAGUGGUCAGUGUCAUCCCACCCAUUCAGUUAUAGAGUAUGGGGGGGGGGGGGGGGGGUUCUUGUACAUUUGUUUCAUAUAUGCCAGAGAUCAAAAAAAAUCACACUGGCCGACGCACCAGCUAGGAAAUCAAUUUAAAAAAGAGAGUGUUCUCUUUCAGCGCACAUCACCCUGCUCCUUCCUGUCUGUACAGCAGAGUUCAGCAUCCUGAGCUGCCCUGGCCCCAGGCCGCCUCUCCAGGCCUCCCAGUGUGUGUGUGUGUGUGUGUGUGUGUGUGUGUGUGUGAGGAAGACAGAGAUAGAUAUAGCUCAUGGGUUAUUAUUGAAGCAGUAAUCCUGUCUUUUCGUCAAGGCCAGUUACCGUUAGUUCACAGCAGCUGUGCAUUGGGGCGGGGGGGUGUUAAUUAUUACUGUAAGAUAGCCGGAAAAAGGUCUGACACGUGAGCCCCUGUCCUGAAACACCCUCCACCCAAUUCUAUGCACACACACACACACACACACACAAACACACACACGAUCUUGUUUGUGAUCGUUGUAACAUUCUGGAGCUUUUCGUGUCUGCGGCCAGGUCAUCCAGGCGUCUGAUUGGUUAUCUGAGCUGUGUUGACCAGAGAGAGGCCUAGUCCCUGUCUGGCCAGCGACAAGACGGAUCUAUAGCAGUGGGCUGUGAGAGAGAUGGCCUCCAGGCGGUCUGUGUAGCUGAGCUGAUCAAAUUUCCUCAUCAGACCCCUGUGGUCUGGACUGGAGCGUGUCACAACACACACACACACUCACACUCACUAAGUCCUGCGUCUGUAUUGGAACUGACAGCUGCCUUAUUACUACGUUUCAUAUCUCACAGCAGAUGAGGCAUCAGUCUACCUGCUCUGCACUCUUUCCCUCCUUCUUUUUGGUUUUGUUUUUUGUUUUCUCCUCGGCCCGUUUCCGUUGUUGUCUGACUUCCUGCUAACCGUGGCGUGGUGUGACUCCGUCGUGAGGCAGCGUGGUGAAGCGACUGACUGGAGUCUGAUUCUGAUCGACCUCCACAGACAAACUGGUGGUGGUGACAACUCUCCAUAAAAAUGAUAAUGUUGCUCCGUUUAAAUUUUUCUGAUGUCAAUAUUGCUCUUGAUUAUUGUCGUUGUUCUUUUUGUCGUCAUCUGGUUAUUUACCUCUCCAUCUUGCAUUAUUAUUAUUAUUAUUAUUAUUCCAUGGUUCUGUUAGCUGUUGUUUUUUUAUGUUGUGAACAUCAUGUCAUCAUGUCAGGUGACCCACUCCCCAGCCUCCCAGACUCCAUUCCCUGUUUCAAACCUUCACUCCCCUGAAGCAGAAAUCCUUUUUUUUUUUCCUGUCUUUAAUUUUUACAAAUGUAAUAUAACUAAAAUGUGUAAUUUUGAUGCUGACAGAGAAAUAACAUCGUGGGGGGAUGAGAGGAACGAGGAGAGUGGAGGAUUUUAUUCAGGGGCAGAGGGGGAAGUGAUUUGAUCUUUUAUUUUUUCAUGUAUUGUAAUUUUUAUUUUAUGAUGUUACUUUUCUCUCUCUCUCUCUGUCUCUCUCUAUCUCUCUAUCUGUUGUAUAUUUUUUAAUUUUUGGGGGAGGGGGGUGGGGUUUUAUCAUUUUAAAAGAAGAAAAAAGAUGUGUAUUGUUUUACUGUGUAAACGUCAAAUCUUCUCCCUCUUUCAGUCUCUUCUUUCACCCCCCCCCCCCCCUCGAGCAGUUACAUAACACUCAGAUGGAGAGAUGAGAGUUAAUACCAUGAUGUAACAUUGAAUUUCUCCACUUCUUUCGUGUUUUUGUUUUUUUCCAAACUUGUAAUUAAGCUGUAAUCAGGGUUAAUUAAAACCAGUUAAAAACCCAA